AGCUUCAUCUUCCUUCCGUCUAUAUAACCCCCCGCCCAACGCCUUGAAAAUCUCUGCUCAUCGUCAGACACGCUCUCUCUCGAUCAAUCUGUAAGUAAAAUUCAAAGAUUUCUAUUUGCAUUUAUUGUCUUUCCAGCUCUAAAAAUAUCAUUUUGCAUAACUGUAUGUAUAUUUAAUUUCUGUUAAUUCAUAUAAUUUUUUCAAAAUUAACGGAUCUGUAUAUACAUAUUACAUACACGUAUACUUUUUCAAUUCCAAAUAAAUUCAUUUUCCGGUAAACCGAUACACUUCUCAUCAAAGUUCAAGCAAUGAAUAGCAGCAGUUGUAUUGGAAUAUCAGCAAUGAAGCCAUGUUGUAGUAUCUUAAUUAGUUGUAGAAAUUCCUCCAUUUUCGGAUUACCAUUUCCGAAAUGUAAUCAUUCAAUUGUUAACAAUUUGUCGAAAUCACAAUCUAGAUUAAACGAUUUUCGUCAGUUCCACAGCUUUAGCAAUAAGAUUUUUGGGGUUAAAAGCAUAAUUGAAUCGAAUCGGAUGGCUUUUUGUGGGUCCGAUUCGAAUUGGGGACAAUCUAGGGUUCUUACAGGUUGUCGGGUUGAUAGAGGUAGUAGAAAGUGUUUUAGGGUUAUUGCGAAUGUGGCGUCGGAUAUUAGGAACUAUUCGACUUCUGUUGAAGCUAACGUUAGUGAUAAAAGCUUUGAAAAUUUAUUCAUUCAAGGUGGUUUGAGUGUAAAGCCUUUGAUCAUUGAGAGAGUGGAGAGAAACCCAGAUGUAGUGAAAGAAAAAAAGGAAGAAAUUCCUGGUGUAGAGGUUAAUAUUUCAAAUGUAAAUAAAGAUAAUUUAACAGAUUUAAGCGGAACGAAGGUUUUGAACAGGGAGAGAGCUGUGUCUGACAUUGAAAAAGAAGCUUGGAAAUUGCUUCGAAGUACAGUUGUAAAUUAUUGUGGAAACCCAGUGGGGACUAUUGCGGCUAAUGAUCCAGCUGAUAAGCAACCGGUGAACUAUGAUCAGGUCUUCAUCCGUGAUUUUGUCCCAUCAGCUCUCGCAUUCUUGCUUAAUGGAGAAGGAGAGAUUGUCAAGAACUUUCUGCUUCAUACAUUGCAGUUACAGAGUUGGGAGAAAACCGUCGACUGCCACAGCCCUGGGCAAGGGUUGAUGCCAGCAAGUUUUAAAGUCAGAACUGUGCCACUUGAUGGAAGAGAUGGAGAAUCUGAGGACGUUUUGGAUCCAGAUUUUGGUGAAUCGGCCAUUGGUCGUGUUGCUCCUGUUGAUUCUGGGCUUUGGUGGAUUAUUUUGUUGAGAGCUUUUGGAAAAAUCACAGGUGACUAUUCAUUACAAGAGAGGGUUGAUGUGCAGACAGGCAUAAGACUAAUACUCAAUCUCUGCUUAACUGAUGGAUUUGACAUGUUUCCUACUCUAUUGGUCACUGAUGGUUCCUGCAUGAUCGAUAGGAGGAUGGGUAUUCAUGGACACCCUCUUGAAAUCCAAGCUUUAUUUUACUCAGCUCUGCGCUGCUCCCGUGAGAUGCUCACUGUUAAUGAUGCAACCAAAAAUCUGGUUGCAGCCAUCAAUAACCGACUCAGCGCACUGUCAUUUCAUAUUAGAGAGUACUAUUGGGUUGACAUGAAGAAGAUCAAUGAGAUAUAUCGUUACAAAACAGAGGAGUACUCUACUGAUGCCAUCAACAAGUUCAAUAUUUAUCCAGAUCAAAUUCCUUCUUGGCUUGUAGACUGGAUUCCUGAGACUGGUGGCUAUCUCAUUGGCAAUUUACAACCUGCUCAUAUGGAUUUUAGGUUUUUCAUGCUCGGAAAUCUUUGGGCCAUCAUUUCAUCGUUGGGUACCCCCGAACAGAAUGAGGAUAUUUUAAAUUUGAUUGAAGAUAAAUGGGAUGAUCUCGUUGCACAUAUGCCUCUGAAGAUCUGUUUCCCUGCUCUUGAGCACGAGGAAUGGCGUAUAAUCACUGGCAGUGACCCUAAGAAUACCCCAUGGUCGUAUCAUAAUGGUGGAUCCUGGCCAACGCUGCUGUGGCAGUUCACAUUGGCCUGCAUUAAGAUGAGAAGGCCAGAGUUAGCAAGAAAGGCAGUUGAUCUGGCUGAGAAGAGGCUUGGUACAGAUCAGUGGCCUGAAUAUUAUGACACGCGAACUGGGAGGUUUAUUGGCAAACAAUCCCGACUUUUUCAGACAUGGACGAUUGCUGGGUUCCUGGCCUCAAAGAUGUUGCUAAAGAAUCCGGAGAUGGCAUCCUUGUUGUUUUGGGAGGAGGAUUACGAGCUCCUGGAGAAUUGUGUUUGUGCACUUGGCAAGACUGGUCGAAAGAAGUGCUCACGGUUUGCUGCUAGAUCUCAGAUUGUUGUCUAAACAGAAAUCCCAUCUCAGAUUGUAGAGUUGACUAGCAUAUUGACCGGUGGGAAACUGAAUAAAGAAAAAGAAGAGGCUUUUUCUACCUAGAAGCUAAACAUGUUUAGAUGGUUCAAGAAGGGACAUGAUGCAUAAUUCAGAUUAUAGCUUGUUUAGUUGGUGCUAUGUAUUUUAUAGUAGUGUAUAACGUCUUAUGUAACGUAUUUGACAUACAACUAAUGGAUGUACAUUACUGAUUCGUGGUACGGGGCUUAUGUUUUUUUGGAAGCCUAUGAACAAUUGCAAUGAUGAUUUGGGGAAACUUUGUGAUUUUGAAUUCUCUGUACCACAAGUUAGGUUGCCUAUGCCUUGAG